AUGACCGCUCCACCCCGCAAAAUCAACCUCGUGCGAAUAGCACACAUAAACUAUACCUACCAAAAUCUUGGACGAGCCGAAGCCUUCUUCCGCGACUUUGGCUUCGUAGAGGCCUCUCGCGAGGGCACUCGCGUAUACUACCGGGGCUACGGGCCCGAACCCUUCGUCCUCUGCGCCGAAGCCGGUGUCAAAGACGGCUUCGGCGGCGCGGCCUUUGUCGUUGAGUCCGAGGAGGAUCUUGAGUAUGCGUCCAAGACGCUCCCCGGGGCUUCGGAGCCGUACGAGUUGAGCAAGGCUCCUGGUGGAGGCCGCCGACUGAGAAGCACAGAGAGGCGGGCACAUUUCAGCGGUUUGAUAAAGGUAAGUCGAGAUCUCAACGUGUUUUUGGUCAAUUCAACUUACAAGUCUAUUGGUCCGGCACCGGUGCACAAACUGGGACACUUUGGCGCGUGCGUGACGGAUUUUCAGCAAACGUACGACUUCUUCACGACUCGGUUCAACUUCAUCCCCAGCGACCUCGUGCACGACGAAACCGGACGCAACGUCACAGUCUUCCUACGGCUCGACCGCGGCGAAGAACUCGUAGACCACCACUCCUUCUUCUUCUUUGAGGGCCCAAAGUUCCAUGUCCAUCACGCCUCCUUUGAGACCCACGACUCGGAUCUGCAGUUCCUCGGGCAUGACUGGCUUCGCGAGCGGGGGUAUGAGAAUUGCUGGGGCGUUGGGCGGCAUGUCAUGGGGAGUCAAAUCUUUGAUUAUUGGUUCGACCCUAGCAAGUUCAUCUUUGAGCACUACGUCGACGGCGAUCAAAUGAAUAGUUCUCAUCCGCCGAAUCAUUCCAAGGCGUCUCCUGAUAGCCUUCACAUCUGGGGGCCUGAUCUCCCGGAGGGAUUCUUACUUUGA